UGCUAUCAUCGUUCCGUUACCACAAACUGUUGACUGUUUUAAACGCUUAUGAGGGCUUUUUUGGCGUCAACAGCAUCACACGAGGACAGCAAAAAAACAUAUGCCUCAAAAAAACCAUAAGGGUAUUGAUAUCAUCCUCCCACCCUAGUCGCCAGUAAGCCAGUGGUUGGUCUAUUCUAUAAAGGAAGACUUUCAGAAAACUCAUCCUUAUUGAUUCCGGAAUACAUUCUCGUCCCCAUAGCCCUUUUCGCUCCUCUUAGCCAGCAGGACCUUGGCACAUCUCGUGCCAAGGCUCUGCCGGCUAAGAGGAGCGAAAAGGGCUAUGGGGACGAGAAUGUUUUUCUUUCCUCACCCCAGGGCUCCCUCGACAGCUCGUUAGCCGCCCAUUCCCCCAUUUAACGUUCCUCACCUCAUUACAACAACGUUUGCCCGUGAAGCUAAAAGAAAUCAUUUACUUCUGUAAGGUGUAUUUGGCAAGGGAAAUAAUGGCAACAAGCGGAAGUUCAAAGCAUACGAUAAUCUUUAGUAGGAAAUGUUUGUCUCUGGUGAACGAAAAGGAACAAGAAGAGUUGAACAAGGCGAUCGGUUUUCUGUUAUCGAAACCUGAUCAAUUUAAUGUCUACUUUACUUCCCAUAAGUCUCCUUCAGAUGAAAUGCUAUCUGCAAUUCCUAAAGGAAUGCAUAAGUCCUUCAUACCUCGGGGUGAUGCCCAAAAAUUCAUCGAAGAAACUUCAAGUAAUGGGGAAGUCGUCAUAAUUUGUGGUGCGGUGGAUGUGGAUUUGUAUCUCGCAGCAAACACAAAGUCGUUUCUUAUUGCUGCUGGCUGGGUGACUCCAGAAGAAAAAGUCGUGCAAUAUGGCAUACCAGCACCCACGCCUACGAAAAUGAGGGCCCUUAUUGAGAUAAUAGUCAAUCAGACCAACUGGUACUAUUUGUGUGCUUUCGAUGAUCCUGUACCAACUAAGGUGGUGUCCCUUUGUCUGUCAAACACGUAUACAGUCUCCCCUGAAGAGAAAGCCAUGGCAGAGGCCUUUAAAGCCAUCUUGAAAUAUGGAGCCGACAACCCAGCUAUUAAACAAGCUUUGAUCUGCUACCUUAUGGCAGCUAUUGCCCACGACAAGGACUUUAAAGAGGUAGAAGAUUGGGCAGUGACCCCAUCCUCUUCAACAAACCCAUCCCAGAUUAUGAAAGAUUUGAAAGAACGCGUCCGAUGUAUGAUGAAUGGGCGAAAGUCUGAGCCAAUAUUCAUCAGACACACGGCAACAGGAAAAUCGAGGUUUGAUAGCAGAGAGGAUAGGCAGAGAGAUGAUUAUUGCCUGAAGCAUUUUCGGUCUAUACGUGUAAAUGACAAGUAUAAGGGAAAGCUGAAGGGUAGGGUUGUGUGUGUGUUCGAUGACUACCUUAACCAUGGUAAUACAUUUGAAGCUCUUCGGAAUCUUUUAAUCAAGUGCAAAGUGAAAAAGAUUAUUUUUGUUUCAAUUGGAAAAUUUAAGCGUAAUUAUGAAAGCCAAUACGUCCAAAAGUCCUUUUCUAUUGAAGGUGAUGUAUAUUCAGAGAAUUACACAGCAGAAUUCAACACUGUUGCACAGCACAAAGUUACGUUUGACAAUGCUGCUCGACGAAGCCUGGAGAAUCUUGAACAGCUAGCCAUCCUUCUGCGUUGAAGUGAGUGCCUCUCCAACUCUUUUUACAGGGUCCUGAUCUCGCAUUCCCGCUUCCCUUUUUACGAGAAUCCCGAAUCCCGCAAAUUUUUUGCCCAAUUUGGUACGUGACAAUUUCCCAAAAUUUCGACAAAAAGGCAAACAAAUCCCGCAUCCCACCC